AUGCCACAAGACUUGUAUCCUCCCAGCUCUUGGCAGCCUUGUCCCACAGCAGAGCUCUCAGCCCAGGAUUCCACCAGCUGCCCCAUCUCUGCCCUCUCCUGGUGGCAGGCAGCUGCCAGGGCCUGGAACCAAAGCCCUCCGCCCUGCAGCAACGCCCAGUGGGCAGGGACUGGUGACUGCUGUUUCAUCAAGCCCAAUGUCCAGAAGUUGCUGGAGACCAAUAUGGCAGCAGGGAACAUGUGGACGGAGGGAGCAGAGGAGGAAUCAGUCCACCUCGUGGAUGCCCUGGGGAUCAGAAUUGAGUCCUCGGCUGGCCGGCAGGAUGCUACCACCCCUCCUCCAUUGUGGAUCUUGAAAGACAAAUUAUACAAACUGCCUGAUCCUCACAGGUUUUAUUUUCCCAAGGCCCAGGAGGACCCUUUUCAGCAGAAAUACAGCUAGCUCUUCUGGGGCCUUCCAAUCCUGCACAGUGAGUCCCUGGUGGCUGCUGUUGGGGUCCCAUUAGAAUGUCCAUCUAUUUUCUUCAAUGGGUUCCAGAAGUCCCUGCUGCCCUGGCGUCAGUCCCCACCUCUGGCACCGAUCCAGUCCCAAUCUACCCACUCAUCACCACAUCAGGUACCUUUACUUCAACCCGUGAAAAAAUUGCACCAGAUGUUGGACCAGUGUAAUCCCAACAGUUGGACCUCCCAGGACCACAGGCUAACUCUCAAAAUUCACAAAGAGUUGGCCAGCCAUGAGCUGCGAUGCAAAGUGGAGCAGCAGCUCCAAAAGAGGCUCACACAGCCCUUGUGUGGGUCUCCCCACAAGACGAAGCAAAUGCCAGCACAGGCCCCAGUUCCUGGAACAAGUCAGGCAAAGGCUAAGCCCCAGUCCCCUUGGGCCUCCGUUCUAGGACUGCAAAGCAAGAACAUGCAAACAAAGCCACACCUGCACCCUCCAAGGCUGCACCUUGAGAAGGACUCGGGCAAGGCCCCAGGCUACUGCCUGGCUGGAGUCCUAGGUGAUCCACCCAAGGAUUCCCAGAUCCCCUUGGCAAAGGCCCAAGGGCAAAACACCAGCACACCAUCAGCAGGUGACUUGAUGACCUCAAGAAACGACCUAGCCAGGAACCUAAUCACACACUUUGAGAAGAAAUUAGAGGACAUAAAAGCAGGCAGGGGCCUGGGGUCUGUGCUCAGUCAGGACAGGCUGGGAACCUUCCUUGUUCCAGCCAUCCCUGAAGACUCUACAACCAGAAACCCAGUGGGCUUAAGAACCAAACAGAGCCUCUCCAGCAGUCCUGCAGGACCCCAGAAAGGAGAGGCAGACCUGAAGGCCCAGGUUAUGCACAGGCAGGACCUCCCAGUACAGGAGGAUUUGGAGGACUUGGCAAUAGGCACCAUCCUGCAAGACCUUGCCACUGACCAUCACCUCCAAGACUGUGCCCCCGAGCCUUCCUCAACUAUGGACAUCUUGCCUUUUCAGGCCACUGAGGCCAGAUGUCUACUCUGGAAUGGUGACAUCAUCAAGAUAAAGCCGUACAGAAAUUGGCUGGGCCAGUGCCUUGGCAACGUGGAGGAUCUCCACGGCUAA